GCCCGGCGGCGCCCGCCGGCGGCGGGGGCGGCGCGGCGACGUGGGGCGCGGGCCUCAAGGCCGUGCGGCAGGCCCGGCGCAUGGCUCCGCGCCGGAGCCUCACGGGCCCGCUGCAGCCCGGGCGGCAGAGCCCCGGCGAGGAGCCCCGCCCUCCUUCCAGCCGCUGGUGCAGAUGGACCCCUACCUCCGCCUGUACCGCGCGCUGCUGCGCCCGCCGGGCCGGCGCACGCCCCGCGACCUGCGGGAGAUCACCGCCGCGCUGGCCUUCGUGACCGACCCGGCGAUCUACCAGCUGGUGGAGGACGUGCGGGAGCGGCUCGCCGAGCGCGUGGCGCUCGUGGAGGCGGAGGCGGGGACGCAACUCUUCGACACGGGCGACCGCGCCGACCGGCUGUUCAUCGUCUGGAGCGGCUCGGUCCAGGUGGCGGCCCCCCGCGACAACAGCCUGGAGCUGCGGGCCCGGGCGCAGGGCUCCGCCGCGGAGGCCCCGCCCGAGGCGCGGGUCUUCGAGAAGGGCAGCGUGUUCGGCGAGCCCGGCCCCGAGGGCGAGGCCAGGAUGCAGGGGCGGGCCACGGCCCUCGAGUUCUCCCAGCUGCUCGUGUGGCGCUACGAGGACUACCGUCAGUGCCUGGCCUUCUCCCACGAGGACGUCAUGCGGGAGCGCGUCGCCUUCCUGCGCGCCGCCGAGCGCAGCCUGCUGGAGGGCGUGCCGGAGCCCGACCUGCGGGCCACGGCGGCCCUGCUCGGGGAGGAGAGCUUCAGCGGCGAGCGGGAGAUCCUGAGGCAGGGCGCGGAGGUCGACCGCGUCAUCAUCGUCAAGAGAGGCCUGUGCAAGGUCAUCCGCCAACUGCACCCCCGCUUCACCGACGCCUUCGCCGCCUACUCCGAGGUCCUCGCGUGCGGACGCGCCAAUGCCCGUAAGCCACGGCCUCGCGGGCGGGGCCGCAGAGGAGGAAAAUGUAAUUACCCUUGCUGCUACCCUUCGCCCGUUCUCUUGUUUCCUGACCUCCUGGGAUGCCCUCGUCGCCACCGCUGGACUCUCCCCCGAAGUCCUGGUCAGAACGCGCCCCAGGAGAGGGCCGGGGAGCAGCGGUGUGGGCAACUACCUCUUGGCCUCUUGGCUUCCCCAGUGCCAGCUGACCCCGUGGCUGCGGGUCGCAGGUGCCCCCCGCGCGGAGCGCCUCCAUGCGACCGCGUGUCCGCAGGAGCCUUCCCCCGGCAUCCAGACCGUGCGGGCCCAGACCCCCAAGGGGCUCGGCCCGACUCACAGCACCGGCUCUCCAUCCCGAGCCGUUGUUUGCAAAAUCGCGAUGCCUGGCGAGGGUCCCCAGGAGGCCGAAGACGGUCACAGGAACGGUCGUCGUGAUGUUU